AUGGAUGAUUUUCCAGUUGGACAGAACAUCGAGAAACAUCGGAGCACUCGAACUUAUUCCAGCAUGUAUCCCAAGAUACUUUUUAAAAGAAAUACAGCGGCAAGGCUGAAUCAAUGGGCCGCUGAUUCUAGAAGGCGAAGUUUAGUUUUAAGACCACUGCCAUUUUCCUACGAACAGCGGAAGCAAAAUUUGUCUCAGCUUUUUCUCCGAGCAAGACUCCGUGCCGGUAAGUUUCUUCUUGCGUAGAACAGGUCUCUCCGCUUGAUUUAUAUUGAGAAAUUGUAAUACGUUUACUGUUUUAUAAUCUUAUCGGUUUCUGGUGGCGAAUAAACGCCUGAAUUACACAUCAGAACUAUUCAUACUCCGCCGCGCACUCUCACCGUGCGGUAGAUACCCCAAGAAUUACGUAAUUAAAACAAGUAGAAGAAAGUUCAGUGCAGACUCUAGUUUUAGCUUUUCCAAGCACCGAACCAGACAUAAUUUUCGCUCAGAACAUAGUCAUUGAAGUUCAGUUACGACAGGAUAAUUUUCGUUUGUCUUAAUAAAACGUUGGAAAACGAAAAAACAAGGUUCGUGAUAUUUGCUAAGUGAGGAAUUGACGCCUACUCCUUCGAAAACGUGCUUUCAAUUCGCAGUACAAGUCACGUCGUUAAACAGGACGUUCAUUUUCCUGUCUUCACCAAUUUUGAAUUUAAAAGGCAGACAAAACCAGUACUUUAAGCAACAGACGCAGUUAUGAAUAAAUUGCAAAAGUUGCGAAUCGUAUCAAGGAAGUAGAACCACAAGUGAAAAUUUGAAGUUGAAUAUUCAAUCGUUAAGCUCAAAGGGCAAGGUUUCUUGUUUUUUGUUAUUAAAAUAAAAUGCUUGUUACUGACACUGUUUGGACUAUGACGGAAACGUUGAUUAAGGUGUCACUAAUGUGGGACAUAAGCUCUGCUAAACCUUUGAAGUGCUAAACAAAGUGAAGGUUGUGACUACAACAUGGACACCAGGACAAUUCACUAAAAUUGUUCAGGACAACGCGAAACGUUACAGCGAUCUUCCAUUUUCCCGCCAUAUAUAUAUGAAAUUUACUGCCUUUUCAGAAGAUAACAAGAAAGCUUAACAGGCUUUUCUUAGCCCUUUUGGGUCUUUUCGUCAACUUUUUCAGCCCUUGAACUAAAUUUUAGUAUGCCAUAUGUAUUCUUAGAAUUUGAACUGACUUCUUUUUGGCCCUAAGAACACUAAUUUUUAUUCCCUCGAAGGUCAAAUGUUCCGAUCCUUCACAACAUUUGGAGGCGAUAUUUUGCUAAAGAAAAAUGUGGUUUCUACAAUUUUUCAGCACGUGACUCUGGCAACCUACUGAUCAGUUGUCGAUCUUCGAAUGAAAGCCUAAAAUGUGACCAUUCAAACGGUAACCACUGGGCCGUAUUUUCCUGUGGUAGCCCGUGAAUGAAAUUCUAAAAUGGGACUAUUUCUUUAGUCACAGUUAGCCUGUGGAUGAAAUCCUAAAGUUGGACUUUUCAAUUGUAAGCUGCCGUUCGGUUGUUUCCCGUGCUACAAGGUCGUUUUAAAUGGAAGCUACUGAGCAGUACUCUCCUGUGGUACUGUUUAUUUAGACUGCUUCGUCCCAAAAAGGCCUGCGAUCCUCGAUUAAGAGUAGAGCCCUAAAUGAUCAAUCCCUCCAUCCUUAAUUGAUCGAGAGAAGUCUAAAAAGCGAGCGCCGAGGCGAGCUUUAAUGAGGUAGUGCACUGACUGAUUGAGCGACGAGGUCGGGAGAGAUUCCAUGCCCAAACAAAACAGCAAAAAAAUACAGAACUUUGAGAAUGCGUCGCAGGCUGUUUAUUGUGCCGGACAAGGCCAUAGUUCCAACUUAUAAGUCUGUGAGUAGUAAGACUCAGUACUAAGACUGUGGAAGAUGGCAAGCUUGUACUUCUCUGAAGCACCGUUUGUCUCUCAUUAUUUACUAUGAGUUGGCAAAAUGAAAGGUGAUACUUGUUUUCCUAGUUUUCUCCUAUUCAACUUCCUGGAAUGUUUGAACUUCUUAUCGUUGGCAGUCAUUUCAAUUAUUUUUCUUAGCAAAUGCUCUCCUCACUUGGGGGUUGGCGUUAAGUAAGGACAGUUUUUACCCUUGUGGUUUUUCUCUUGUAACAACUAAUUCAAUAAGGUCCCGAAAACGGCAACAUCUACUUCAUUUCGAAGUUUAUAACCUUCAACUCAUGUAGAAAUCGAGGGAAAUCAAGCAGAAUGUAUUAAAUCGGAUUUUGAAAUGUUUGAAAAACGUUUGUUUUAUUCGGCGCCAUUUUUUCCCCCCAGUUUCCAGAGGAAAGCUGUUUGACAGGAUCAACCAGGCGAAGGGACGUGACUAUUCACACGAAACGGUCACUCAAAUAUGCGGUAGUUAACAUCAAACCACAACACGCAAAGCUCUUAGCACAUAGGCAAAACACGUGAAGAAACGGAAUCACAGCAGUUUCGAUCGUGUUUGUAGCACGUAAAGUGACAGUACGAAUUUUCUAAGCUCAGACAAAUGACGAACCCAAUAGGGCCAUCACUGUUCAACUUUAUUGAUAUGAUCAGAAAACGUGUUUAUAACUGAUCUACCUUAAAACGACCUCCUAUACCUCAUUCCUUUGUUUUGGCGGGUGAAAUUUUGUCUCCUGAAGUUCAGUGGAGCUCAAAGCGAUUAAUAAUAUAUCCAUUUAAUCAAGGACAAGACUUGUUCCAGCAAGUCGGAUAACCUUGAAAUCAAAUCAGCUUUCUAUAUUAACCAAAUGUUUUUACUCAAACACAGCGAGUUUAAAUUAAACAGGGCAGCUUGAGAACACAAGCUCUUCAGUCUGGUACGUGGUUGCAGAACUUAAAUCUUUGUAGUAAAUCUGAUUUAAUAAAUUUACUGAAUUUACAUGAACUAGUGUUCAUGGUUCCAUUCGAACUACCGAACUUGAACCUGAACUGGGUAGCGUGGCCACUGAUUUACAUACGAAGACUCCACACCCACCAGAAAAGGAAGAUGCCACCAUGAGAAAAUGACAUAGAUAAAUGAGUCCUCGACGGUCAAGAGACUCUGUUUCCUGUUCUCGCCGGAUUUUUGGGGGGCGUUUUCGAGAAGAUUCCACGAGAGUUAGCCGCCACACCCCUUUGACAACCCGGUUGCUGUGUUGUAUUGCUGGACUGUUGUCGUUUUGAAUGAACACUGAGUCGGUUAACUCAGUUUUACAGAAAACUAGGCGUAAAACUUAAAUCUGAGUUUGUGAACACUGCCAAUUGAAAACCAUAAGGAAUGUCUUCAGAUACUAAUUAAUAAAUGUAUUUUCAUUCGUUGAAAACAAACAGCGAAAUAAGUCUAGUUUUCACUGUUACACUUCAUGGUCAUUCAAAAGUCGCGAACCGACUUGAACAUCGCGAUAAGGGUAUCACCUAUAUUGUUAAGAGGAACCACUUUGCACGGAGUUAUAUGAAACAGCUUUUAAGGAAACCAAAAAAACGUUUUCUCUACACUAUUCCCUCCAAUAGACACAGUAAUGUCUUCAUCCCCAUACUUAGACUUGUCUAGUAGAAACACUCGUACAAGACGCUAGUCGACAGCGGCUUUUGAAUUGGACGAGGCUUAUUUCACGGAUCUCACUAGUAGUUCGACUCGAACAGUGUAUCAUUCAAAUAACAUUUCCGCAGAAAAAUAGGCUUGGGUACCCCUGGCUUCACUUAAUAAAUCUAAAGUACACACAUCAUCUUGCUCUCCUAUAAAGAUUAACAAUUUGAGAAAACUUCCUGAAUAUAAUAACGUUUUCGUUUUUCAUAAAAUGACAUCUUAGAAGACAAUAAUGAUGGAGGAAGGCCAUUCAUAACGACCGUUUCAUUUAGACUGAGUGUCAAAACAUGUCAUUUCCUACCCAAUGUGAAUUGUAUUAAAAAGCUUUUAAAGAAACGGGUCGUUUAUCAGUUUUGCCCCCUGCUUAGCAACUGACUCCGGUUUGAUGAAUAUCGCGGCUUUUUGUGCACUAGAGUUCCUCGAUCGACGAGUGAGUUUUUAAUAUUAUCUACUACACAAAUGAGAGUCCAUGAGCUUUUUCACGGUGUUGCUGAUAAGUCGUUGGUACAAGAAAUGAAAAACGAACAAUGUCCUGAACCAAACCCCGCGACCAUCAAGUUAGACGUGUCUUUCCGCAUGCCGGUAACCUUCUAUAACAGCUCGUUUUUGUGGUACUUUCUAACUUUAACAGCUUACAAUCAUGUUGCUGAAUUUAAAACUUCUUUCAUUGAAACCAUGCUUAGAUAAAGGAAGAUUUCGAUUUUUGUUGAAAUUUAUUUGUUUUAUUUUAAUUUUUACCUGACACGCAAGCUUUUGGGUGAAGUUUUUGAAAAACGAAGCGUUUAAAAUGGUUUCUUUCCUUAUUCUCGAGAUUUUUUUUAUGUUAUCAUAACUACAACAAUCUUUGGGGGUAACAUGAUUUCCUCUUUAUCCAAAAAUUUCAUUCGCAUUGAGACCUUUUUGUAAGCGAGUCACUAUUGACCAUGAACCGCAAAACGUGACAAAAGAGAAUUGAACACGUGAUUUUCGGCCUGUUUUCUUAUACUUAUGUUUAAUUAUAAAGCCGCUAAUCAACAUUGCACUUAUUCUUUGCUGUGUAGCAUAAAAAAAGAAAUACAAUUUUUAUCGUAUAUAAUAAAAACUCCGUUCAUUUCGAAUAUUUAUCGUGGGGUUUAAAUGUCUUCACGUACGUGGGGUUCCCGCGCUCACUUUCGUGCAACUCUACAUGUCGCGCGCGUCUUCUCGUGCCCAGUCCAGCGCUUGUAGGAAGUGUGUACUUACAAAAGUCGUGAAUUCAUGGACGUGUUAUUCAAAACCUCGAGAAUUCAACCAAACACAAAGCUCGUUCUCUUCGUUUAAAGCCAACAUGUACGCCAAACUUUUAUUUCAACACAACAACAUGGGAGGACCAAGUGUGGGUCUCUUUGGUUCAAAAAUUUCUCUUAGAGAACCACGAAUUUUUGACCGUCGAAAAUAUUUUUCACAACUUUACCUUCAAGCAAAGAUGUCUGCCGGUAAGCACGAUAAGGUUUGAAUGAUUUGUGCUGUUAUGAAUUUUAACUUGAAUAUCGCAACGAAGUCCUAACAAAAAGUUUUAUUCACUACUGAUGACUUCUGCCUCUGUGCUGGUUAGCGAACGAUCAAACGGGAAUCAGUCGCCAUUAGCGUACCUGUUGCAGUCGGCAACCAAACAGAAAGUUUUGAGUCUUUUGACAUGAAGUAGCUCAAAGUAGUACAAACCUAGAAUCCGCUCUCCUCUGAUGAAUUUUACGGAAAGAAUAAGUUAUGGGCAAAUCAAAUUUAUUCCGGCAUAAACUCAAAUCGAUCAAAGUUGCGUUAACUUUGUCAGUAUUCUUAGUCGGCUUAUUUGAUUUCGUGUCAGCUACAUUUGACUGUAAACAAAAAGCCUUACCCCUCCCAUAGCUACCGUAAAAGGUUGGACUUCAAUAUCGGCGGCUACGAUUUUUAGAUAAGGGAUUUCAUUCUGAAAGAUUUUCCACAGCUAAUGAUAUUCAAAACGUUCACAAAAUCAUCAGAUUCUACCACUGGUACAUGUUUUGUGAAGACAUUCCUCCUUUUAAUGGAAAGCGUGGUCCUUCGCAUGUCGUCAAACUCUUGCGGUUGUGUCCAGUGACAUGACGCGGGAUGAAUUUUAAAGAAUCUGUUCUGUGCUAUUAGUAUAAACGUCAAUACCAUAACAGAAACAAUCCAUUUCCUUUUUCUUUUCACUUGACAAGCGGAGAAACUAAUGAAACUCCUACUCGAGAUUUUGUUUAGAUGUGUCCUGAUGACGAGUAAUCUAUUUAAACACGGAGUUUCUCUCUUUCUAAUGGUCUUGCAAUGGAAAGAAUUCGAUCAUAGCUUAGAAUUGUGCAAAGUCUAACUUUCAAAACAAACGAAUGCACGGAAAGUACUGCCUAGUUAUCGAAAUCAUUUGAAUGGUCAUCUCGGUCAAGUUAGACGCACCACAGGCUUUACAAAAGUCGCAGCAACAGAAACUUAGUUGUUUUUCAGUUUCAACCCCGCACUUUUUCAUUCUGAGAAAAGUGGUAAAUCAGAUGUAAAAUGUAGAGAAGUAACUUAGAAAAACUACUUCGCGCUCUCUGAGUUGGAUCUCUGUCCGAUAUCAGGGGAGCCUUCAGAACCUUCCAGUUGAUAGAUCAGAGUAAAAGAAUACUUCAGUGGAUAGUUCAGUGCGAAUAGCUUAGCGUGAUGAAGUGGAAAUUAACCAUACUGUUUCAGAGCCACAAAUAACGUUUCCUAUAAGGCAAAGGCUCACAUCAGUUGUCUAGAUUUGAUGUUACAUGUGUAACAGUCUCCUUGGCGAAAUGCGACUGCACAUCAGUUUCUCGGCCUGUUUUGUUUGGAUAGUCCAGUAACACUUCCAGAUGUCCUUCUACAAACUAAUCUAAAAUCUGCGACUGCUUCAUCUUGUACCAGAAUCUGUUCAUUAACUUUAAUUUUAAAAAAAGAUUAUCCUCCCCGUCGUACAAGUAAAAAGACUCACCACUCCGGUAUUUUUAUUUUCACGGAUGAGUACAACCUAACAGCGUUUUCGCUUUGUCAUCAAAAUUGUAAAAGCUUAACAACUAUUUCUCCAAAGCCGCUAUGCCAGCUUUUUUAUUGAGUUGCCUAUCAUCAUUCUUUCAAGAUACAACAGUUGGAAAUCUUCAGCGCUGCGGCCGCUUCGUGAUCUCCUCAGUGCAGCAAAUCAAAUUCAGUCAAUUAGUUGUUGACUUUUCACAGAGAGACUCCAAUCUAACAGUUCUUUAUCUGUUCUGUAAAGAAAUUAGAACCAAAUUUUACAUAAUAGAGACUUCGAUAUGGUUAAACCAUGUCGAGUAUAUUCAAAGUAUGUUUUUCAGUGUUUGUCAUUGGAGGAAGUGACAUGGGCACGAGAAGACUGCGGGCGCAUUGGAUACUUAUUGCACCGGCGGCAAUCAAAGUUGCGCUUCUCGUGCUUCGAAUAUUUUACUAACUGCUUCUUUUGCUCUAUUCUUCAAUGUCCUGUCCUCGGUUUGAUUUGCCUCUAAGCCUUGGAAAAAUUGCUUUCACUCGAAAAAAAAUGCCCAUGUCCAAUGAAAGGAGAGCGGAGAACGAAUCGAUAUACUGAAUCUGAUGCGUCACGGUAUGUUUAGAUUUCAUUCCAGGGCCUUACCAUUGCAAUCAACCAUCGUAGCAGAUAGUGGAUAGGAAACAAGGCCAUGACCACCCCACCUCUUGAUAGCGUGGGCACACUUGUGUCACGCCAGCUUGACAAAUUAUCCGGAAGGAAGAGGAAGGUCUUUACGCGAAGAGAAAUCAAAGAGACCUUUGGUUUAGUAAAUUCCAAAAUGUUCAGCCAAUUAAUAUGGAAAAGAAAAAAAAUUGAACUUUCCGUUGAGUGUCGGUUUUCUGAUCAAAAGUGUAGGAUUAAAUUUUCGACCAGCCUGUGUAGCAAUCGUUUCCGCGCGAACUCGAUGGGAGCGCUUGCUGUACAGGCUAAUUUUCGACUUUUAUUAUAAACUGUGUUUAGAGACUCCAACUGCCAGAACGGUAGUAGUUCUGCAAAGUCGUGCAUCACUACAUUUAUCAUAGCUAUAAACAAGGUUUAAAUUCGGAUCAAAAGCUUAGUUUAGAACUUUUAGGGCAAACGGGUCAUCCGUGAACCAUACGGUAUAUAAAAGAGAGUACAAACAAAGACAGAGUUUUAAAUUAAAAAUAGAUAACGGUCACUGGAAUUGAUUUUACACGGAAGUUAUGUUCUAGAAAGUGUUUAAAAAUGCGUAGCCAAAUAUUGUUCUUUGCCUCGUGCAUGCCUUCCAUGAAAAUCUGUUUCAUUUUUGUAUUUUUUAAAAAUCUCCCCCAUUAUCAAACCCUUGCUCGGUUGUAAUAUUCUGUUUCUUGUUUUGUUAAAAAAUUGAAUCUCGUCUAUAUAUUUUUUGUAAGGUGUAAUAUAUUCAAUCGCCUUCUUUUUUUAACAAAGCAUCACAGAUGAAAGCAGUAUUUCCUGUUACUUUUUUUAGACGACGCAUAAAUUACCGCGACAAAUCUCCGUGACGUGUUGGCGAACAAAAGAACGCGCUGAAUGGUUGGGGGAGAGAUACAAAGGCUUAAAGAGCCCUUCUAACCACCAAAAACGUGACAGUUAAACUAAGAAUGAUAUCUUUAAUAUUAGAAAAGUAUCUUGAGCCAACAAGUAGUGAAGUUGGAUUCACACGAGCUGAGUUUCUGUUUGCGUGAUCGGGUACCUUGUUGACGUAUGAGCGGGGAAUGUAAUGUUGACUGUACGUGUCGGGUGCGUUGACUACGUUCGUUACAUAAUUCAAUCAAGAAUUGUAAUUUCAUAGAAAGUUUUGAAGAUACACAGAUUUUAAUUUUUUCCAUUCUCUGGUUAAAAAGUCAUUUAUUUAACUUGAAAAUGACAGGAUUUUUAGCCUUCUGUCUAUGCACCUGCGUCGUAACCGGAUGUAGAAUUCUCAAAAAUCACGUUUUGGCCAAGGUUAUGUUUUGAUCACGUGGAGUGUAGGCUCUUUGGACACGUGACUUUUAGGAACCGGGUAGGGAAAAUGUCAUGUCGCGUUUCUUUUGAAGUUGUGAAACUGCUAAUUUCGUUCUGUAUUUUCUGUGUUUUUAGGCGGGUAUUUGCGGAUGUCCCGUCUGAGCCCGCACGAAAGGAAAAUGUUGUGUGAUUACUGCAACCAAGAAGCUUCUCUAACGUGUUCCCACUGUAGAAUAGCGAGUUAUUGUUGUACGGAACAUCGGAAAAAUGACUGGAAAUUACACAGGAGAAAAUGCAUGGGACAGCCAACUGCAAGAACAGGAACGCAUUUUACGGGAAUGAACAGUUAUAAUGUCAUGGACUUGGUUCAGAACAGUAUUACACAACAGGCAAAGUCUGUUGUUGAAACUUUGAGAGACAAAGGCUACUGUUAUAUCGACGAUUUUCACGGCGAUGACACUGCCAGGAAAAUUCUCAGCGAGGUAAAGUCCUUGCAUCAAGAUCACAAAUUCACCGACGGAGAGUUAGUUUCUUCAAAUGGCAACGGCAGUACGUUAAACAAGAAAAUACGGGACGAUAAAAUAGCGUGGAUAGACGGGAAAGAAGAUAACUGUGAGACAAUUUCGUAUCAUAUGAACGCUGUAAAUUUGCUGAUACGACAUUGUAAUGCACUUAUUGAAGAAUACGACAUCGAACACAGGACGAAGGUGAGACUUUUUAUUUCUUUUUGUGAUUAGAAGGUUCGACAAAAUCAUUCGUUUCGUCGAAAAACCUCGACCGUCUACCUCGCCCGUGACGUGUUUAAUUUGAAUAUACCAUUAAUUUACUCGUUAUGUUGCAUGCUAAGCCAUUUUCAAAUAAAUGAUUGAAUAAAAUUUUGGGCAGGAAAAUCUAUUCAUACAUUUUGGAAGGGAAGGAGAAACUCUCGAUUCGGUUGACAUAGACUGCAUCGGGGACACAAAUAACGCACCCCUCCCCCCUGGAUUUGUGUUUUCGUCGACGUGCGUUACUUCACGUACACAAAGGCUGUUUUUUUGCAGGGUCAGAACCAUAACAUUGAGAAAUUGAAAAAUGACGAAUGAUGAAAACAUAUUGUUUUAGGUAGUUUUUGUUUGGAGUUCCAAGUAGUAUCAUCUCUCCUCCGAACCUUGCUGCUUUUACCUUUCACCUUAAGUAGCCAUGUCGUUGCUAUAAAUUCUAAGAGCGUUUUGAUCAAAUUUGCAAAAUAAAAAUUAGACUCAAAUAUGCCAUAGCUACACUUUUGCUAUAAAAGCAAUAUUUAAAGCUGAAUUGCAUCUUGUAUACCUAGCCUUGGCCUUUAGAUAUUAUAACUUAAUUUUUGCUGAACUUUAAUAUCUAGAUUGUUCUUGAGAAUUUACAUAUGACACAGUAUAUCAUUUACCUCUGACAUUGCAUUAAACUGUAUUAUUAUGUAAGAUUGUGAGAUUGAUAGACACCGUCUUUCCUAAAGCUCCACCCAUGUCAUGCGGUUCAAACUUUGAGCUCGUGAUCAAAAUCCAGUAGUGUGACGAUUUGAAUAAAGCUCUGUGGCAUUACUUUUAGCUGGUGCUGUUUAUGUUUUGGCCAUUUACGAAGCAAAAUACAUUUUCAAAAUUUGAAAUCUUUUGUUUUAAAUUUUGAUUUUGGGCGUGUGUGUAUGUUAUACAUCAGCACCGCAAUUCCUCUUUGGACUUUGCAACUUGAUUUUCUGUGUUUCGGGUCAUACAUGUAUGUGCUCCAUCGUCAUAAACAAGGUGUUCUUCAGAAAAAUAUGCUUCUUCAUAUAUUGACCUGCUAUCUUUGUUGACUUUAGCUAGUCAUGAAGAAAAUUAGCUGCUUAGUGAAAUGUUUCAGUUAACACCUUUGUAGCGUUAACAGCAUGUAGGGUCCUGUGUGGCCUUCCUGUCUUAGAGCGUGUAAUUUAACUGACAACUUCAUGCUUUGUGAUUGCAAAGCUCCAAUUCCCUCUACUUUGUUGCAACAUGCUAUGAUAAACACUUAACAGUUUCUUCACACCUUUGAUUUGCAUGUGUCUUGGCUCAUUUCGGAAAAAGUUCAGUGGAUAUCUGCUGCCUAAAAUAGCUGCUGCAGUUCAUCAUUUAUUUUUGUCGAGCACAAUGAACAAUAACAAUAGAAUGAACGAUAACGAUAAACCAUGAUACAGCCAUGCACUUUUGGCCCACAGCUAAUGUGGGGGGCUGUCUGAAUAGUGAGAAUAAGUGGCGCAAUGUACUUGAAAUUCCUGUAUUUUGACAAACAUCUUGACACUUCACAUUUUGUUCACACUGAAAAGAAGUGUUUCUGUAUCUUGAGGGGUGGAGCCAGUACUGGAAAAGUUAUAGAGGGGGUAGGGAGAAUGAUGUCGUUAACAUUUUCUGGCAUCUUUUCAGUCUAUUUUCCUUUGCACAAAUAAUUUUUGUACUUUUCCCCACCUCCCCCCAUAAAUUUUCUAAUAAUAAUAUUAUUGUCCAAUAGAAUGGAUGAUAUGUAAAAGGACAAUUUAUUUUGUCCAGAAGUAUUCACUAAUAGCAAUAUAUGUUUAUUUUUUGAAGGCUAUGGUUGCCUGUUAUCCAGGUCUGGGUAGCGGAUACAAACGACAUGUUGAUAACCCAAAUGAGGAUGGCCGUUGCAUAACAACUUUAUAUUACCUUAACCCAGGGUGGACAGAAGAGGUGAGCAACAUUUUGUUGUCCUAUAUGUACUCAACAUUUCAUUCUUGUGAUAAUGGGAUAAGAAGUGAAUUUAUGAUAUGAAACACUGAAUAUGUGAACAGUCUCUAUAUGAAUGCUCCUUUGUGCAAGCUCUUAGUACCUCAACGAAUGAUGAUACUAGUGUAGAGACUAAAGGGACAAACACUAGACAGAUGCCUGUAUUUCAGAGGUCGUCAUGUAUGAUAUCAGUUUUUAAGGUAUCAAGUGACCCCAAAGUCAUCUUUUAGUUAUCAUGGUAUAGUUUGUCAAUAUCAAAGGUGUGAUAGUGUUUUAACCUUUCACUCCAAGCCUGAGGUGCAGAGACAUGCACUCGGUUCUGACUCUUCAGUCUUUUGACAAAAUCCUUAUUUUGAUCCUAAUUCGUGGAAACCUCUUCCAUGUAAUUUUCUAUCCCUGUGUACCAUUUGGUUCAGUUGGUUCUCAUCACAUUUUACACUUUCCUUAACUCUAUCUUUUUGGAAUUACAAGGGUAACAGGUUGUUUACAAAUGACAUUAGAGCUGUGUAAGUGAUUAAUAUGAACUGAAUCCUAACACUUUUUGCUAAGCUAUGUAUGAAGAUGUAUUUAUUGUUGUUCCUUUCUGCAGAGAGGUGGCAUGUUAAAGCUGUAUCCUGGUGGUGGUGAAGAGUAUGUCAAAAUUUUGCCUAAACUAGACAGACUGCUGCUGUUUUGGUCAGAUCGCAGAAAUCCACAUGAAGUAGAGCCAUCUCAUGAUGUGAGGUACGUUUAAUUUCAGACUGCUGGCCUCAUAUUUAGUGCUGUGAUUUCCCUAAGCGUGCCUUCAAACCAUUGGUUUUUUCCAAUUAAUUUGCCUGUACCCCUCAAAUCUAUAGACGUUUAUUAAAGCAAGUAUCAAUAUUAUUGUUAUUAAUAGUUUCUAUGGUGAUAGUAUUUGUCUGUAAGAAAUUCACUUUUUGCUUAUAAAGAGUUAAGAAGACCACCAAGCCAAUCACACAGAGAUCUUUUCCCAGUACUUAGACCACAGUUUAUGUUUUUUUUAUUCUGCUGAAAUCAAGGAGUAAAAAUGGGUAUUUGAAUGUUUAUUUCAAUCCGGGUAGACACCAAUCAUGCAUGGAAUAGCAGAAGAAUGAACUUCCUUUCUCUUGUACGUAGUAUAUAAAGUGGAAGAAAACUGCUGUUUCAGUUUUUGCUGCCACCAAAGUUUUAUUUGCCACACUCUCAUUGCUUAUAACACACCUUGUUUCUAAUUCUCCUGCAUGUGACAAGUAUGCCAAGAGAAAUUGAAGACAAUUCUUAUGCAAAAUGUUUGGGGCCAAAGAACACGUAUUAUUUGUGCUGCAAAGUGGCGAAAUACCUUAGAAAGCCUGAUUUGUUGUUUUUAGAACGUUGCACCACGUUAAAGGGUUUCCAGUCUUAAGGGUCAAAGCUAAAACACUCUUCAAAAAUAGCUGGAAACAUUUAAAUCAGACUAAAUAGCAGAACACAGCACUACUUAUUUACAUUUCAUUGUGGUAUCACCCCACUGAUUUGUAAUUAGUUGAUCCAGAGAUUGGUACACAAAGUCAUACUUUUUUUAAUAUUGUGCUAUGUUAAAUGAUGGUUGUGGCUUGUCAAGCCUCUUGUGUCAUGGCCCCUUUCAGACAUAAACUGAACAGAUUAUUUACUCGAAACACUCUGUUGUUGUUUUCAGAUAUGCUAUUACAUUGUGGUACUUUGACAAAAGUGAAAGAGCCAGGUUUAGAGGUAAGUAGGAACAACUUUGAGAUUAAUAAGCAUAAUUGCCAUAAUUCUGUAAAUUACUUUUCAAAGCGGGAGCUCUGGCAAAGUGAUAACCUGUUCAUAGUGAAAAUGACAUGCAUAAUCUGACUGCAUAUUGAGACAAAUAUUGAAGCUAAAAACUGUUUAAUUUUAGGCAGUAGUCACAUUUUGUCAGUCAUCUGUUGAUCAACGUAUCUGGCAGUUCCUUUACAACAGAUGAAAAGUGAACUCUCUUCCCGUUUUUGGAUGAGUGUUUGUCUCACAGUGGGAUUCUGAAACUUCAAAUGUUUACAGUGUACCCAGUUUCCUUAACCAAGGCAUACUCACCUGAAGUUUUGCAUGUAACCCUUCUCCCAGUAUGCUCAAUACCGAAAGAAUCCAAUUUUAUCCUCACUAAGGCAGCAGCCUUGACAGUGUAUUUAUGCAGGUGGAUAUUAUAGUUGUCUCAUUGUAUAUGUACAUCUGUUUGUUUCUUCCCAUCCUAGAGAGACAAGAAAGCCUUGCAAUUAAAGAAGCCAAUACCAAGAAUAAUGUAAGUCAAUGGAAGUUGAGCUGUUUGUGUAGAUUGACUCUCUUUAAGCUCUCUGUAGUUGCAGUACAGUGACUGCAAUGUCGUCAGCAAGUUAUCAUGUCAUCUUUUUUACACUAGAAUUUAUGAGAAACAACUGCUGUAAAAUCUAGCCAAAAUAUAUACAGCCAUUUCGAGAAAGGUUGUCGGAAAAAGUGCACUUGACAAUCCCGUAAGGUAUUGUGGGUGGUUUUAAGUUCGCUGUUUUUCAAGGGAAUUUGAAAGAAUGACAUGAUAGGCCAUGGACAUAUGUUUGCAAGUGCUAAAGGAAAGCAACAAAAGUAGGUUUGACAGCUACAGUGUCAGGAACAGUAUAUUGAUCAUAUCCCAUAUUACCUUUCGGGAUUGUCGCGCGCACGUAUUUUCCGACAACCUUUCUCAAAAUAGCUGUAUGCCUAAACUAGUGAGGCUCUCUUACGGUAAAAUUACAACAAGUGACAUGGCCUUGAAACAGUGACAUGAAGACAGACAGAUGAAAUGUUGACAAACAACGUGAAGAUGGGUUAAAAUAGUAACAGUGACGAGGACCACUGCAAAUACAAUAGUGACGACCAACAGCGACGUGGCCUCCUCCUCAAUAUGCAAAAUUACCUGUUUUGAAUUUUGGACUAGGAAUAUACCUGCCCCCUCUAAGAGUGCCUCACUAUAGUGAAAUUCUCCUUUUUGUGAGGGUUUAUAACUGGGACUUUUUUUGCACACCCGUUAAGUUAUUCGAGUCCCCACAUUUUAGGGUAACUGUUCAUACAGUUGCUUGGUGCUUCUCACAGUGCCAAUUUUUCAACAGCAAGUGAAAUUGUAAUAUAUUUUUAAUGCUUGUGUUUUAUUUUGUUUUUUCGCAGGAGAAGGUCAAACAAGACAAGAGUACAAAGGAAGAUAGGGAAGCUAUAGAAUAGCAGUGUCCUUGUUGUACAUAUGUGGAAAAAAAUUAAUGUGGUGGCAAUGAAUCUCUAGUACAGGUCACUACAUGGAAAAAAGAAUCCCAAAUGCUCUUUGCUGCUUUAACUUUAAACUCAAAAUGCUCUGACAGAAGAGGAUAAUAGUUAACAAGAAUUCUUUAUUGAUUUACAGUAGAUUAAGGUGGCUCUUAACAUUUACGUCCUCCUUUAGGUCAUUAAUAUGUUAUAUUCUCCAAUGUUCUUUGGAAUUGUAAAGAUUGUUACCGCUUUGCUCAGUUUCAUUUGGUUAUUAAAAGUAAGCACUGCUGCAAAAGUUAUGUAAAAUAAUGUUGUGGCUUAGCUUUGUUGUACACCAAUGAUGCUUGGCAUCGUUUCAUAGCGGAACGCUUUCACUCCUGAUGGUAGCAAAUCACAAAAAAAAAUUCACAACAUUUGAAAAUUGUAAAAUGCUAAGAAUUAAAUAGCACCAUACACAAGGUUUACCCAAGGGGUUUCAUUUGCAUGGUAACAUCAUAGGAUUCUGUCCACAUUACAGUGAUAGAUACUCCCACCAUAGCUUGGUGUGGGAGUGAAAGAGUUAAUGCUACCCGUAAAGAAUAGCUUACUAGUAUGAAAGAAGAAUCUCAAAGUUUAUCACAAGUUUAGGGAUUUUAUGAAAGCAAACCUCCAUUAUUAGUUUUUAGUCUCCGAGCCACCGUACAUAAUAUAAGCACUUCCAAGAAAAACAGUCAACAGUAAUUUUUUUCUUACUGUUUUGGUUGACUAAGGUUGAAGUUGGGAAAAACAACAAAAAGAACAGGUGGUAACUGGAGGCCAUCCAGCCAACCAAAAACGUGCGAUUGUAAAUUUCACAUAUUUUUUCAGUUAUUCAAAAGUUUACUCAAUUUUCUGUUCCAAUAAUUUUUGUUCCCAAAUAUUACUCAUUGUUUCUUUUCAACACUUCUGCUUUAAAAUUCUCUAUAUUUCAAUAAUUUUUGGUUGAAUAGAUGGUCAUCACUUUUCUGUAAUUAGAGGAUAAGCCAAAUGCAUUUUAUGUAAUUCCAAAAUCUGGAGAAGGAAUUUCUAAAAAACAGCAAUGCAUAAGUUGUUUAUCUGUAUUCUCUAGCUGUAGUGUCAAUAAUGUUCAAUUCAAAUUUCCUUCAACAGUUUUUAUGCAACAUAUAAAACAAUAAUUUGUAUAUUACAAAACGCGCCUCGUAAGCUUUGUAACAUACAGCUAUAUGGCAAUGACCCUUUAAUCCCUGAAAUCAAAAUGCAAGUUUGUCAUUUUUUAGGCCAUAAAUUCCCUUUAAGUAUUGACUUUCAUUGUCUUACUGAUGGAGUUGGCAGCGACAUCACAAGAAGAAAUUACUUGUUUAUCACUGUUUAUUAAAGGGUUAUCUUUUUUAAACUCUUAGGGUUGCUUAUGAUGAUGAACUACUUUAAAAAAAUCCCGGCAGUUUUGAUACAGUCAAUUCUUACCACCCUCUUGAAUGUUGGGACUUAUACCCUGUGUCCCUCUUGCAAAGGUGUCUACCUUUUGGAGAGAACAAACUCAGGUGUCCCUCUAGAGAGUUGAAUGUAUUGUUGAGUAUCUAAAGAGAGAGAUAUGCUGUAGUAACAUGUACAAGUGUUCUUGAGGACAUUUCAUCAGAAUUCUCACACCAUAUGAUUUGAUCUUUUCUUCAUUCGUAUAACCUCUUUUGACUCUGGGGUUGUAGAGUUUAUUAUACAGUCAUGUAAAUGCAACAAAGUUAUGGUGAUUGGUUUAUUGCAAUUACAUGUAAAGUUAUUUUGCUUAAGCAGCUGUUGUUAAUAUGUUUUAUUUAUGAAAAAUUGAAAAAAAGAGGCGAGAGGGGCAGAAGCUUCCAGUUUCUCCGUCAAAUAUUUUUUCGUAUUUUUGGAAUUUUUAGCCUUGGUCACAGGUUAAUAACAGAGACAUUGUCAUUUGACUGAAAUGGAAGCUUUUAUAUAAAUAAAAAAGAAUAAUAUGAUAUAGUGUAGUAAACAUUUCCCCAGAAAAGCAUAAUAGUAAGUUUGUAUUUGUUACUUGCUCUGUUAGGUACGCAGUGAUUUACAAUGUUAAUCGUCGUCAUCCUAUCAUGUGUUAGAAGUGAAAAUGUUUUCUUUCCUUUUCUUUCUAUCUAUUCAGUGAAAGUGUAAACGCUACAGUUUAGAUGCAAUCUUAACAAAGCCCAGACUGUGUAUAACCUCGAAGAUUACAAAUGUUGCAUUUCAAUUCAAUUAAAACUAUGCGUUACAUAACUUUAUUGCAUUAUAGACGUAACUUGUUUAGGGUAGGAGUGGAUUUGUUUCAAUGCAGAAUAAAUUGUAAAAGCAACACAUAGCUAGUCCCCCUUCUUUCUAACAUUUUUUAGCGAUUAGUCCAUUUACGUCAUUAGGCCACUUCCACAUUUCCCAUAAUGCACCUUAUUUGCU